CCGACAUUUAAUUGCUCACAUCCGAGUGUAGUCCGAUUUUUAUAAACCUCAAAAAUACCUUCGCCCUUUAACCACUUCCUGGCUCCCAACACAGUCUGCAGAACUACUGACUUGAUCGAGUCGUCUUCAGGGAGCAGAAUAGCUCAAGGAAACACAACAAUGGCGGCAUCCUGGUUAUGGCUUGCGACAAUCUUCGCCUUCUUAACCUUGGCUGCUUCUAUCGAGGACAAAUGCGCUGCUUGCCAUGCUGUUGCGAAAGAGUUGGAUCAUGGGCUUGCUAAUGAGAAACCAAGGAAUCAUUUGGAUUUAAGAAACCGUUUGGAUUCUAAAGGACAGCGCAGAGGAAAAGUUAUUGAUUACAGAGUAAGCGAGCUAAGAGUAGUUGAACUCCUGGAUGGCCUUUGUGAAAAGAUGCAGGAUUACACCCUUCAAAAGACUGAUUCCAACAGACAAGAAUGGAUUAAAGUUAACAACUGGGAGAACCUCACAGCAAGCAAACAAGAAGCCCGAGCACAUUCUAAAGAUAUAUCGUCCUACUGCGGAAGGUUGUUGGAGGAAACUGAAGAUGAGUUGGCAGAAUUGAUAAAGAAGGGGUCUGUUGAACUUGGAGCUGUGGGCAAGGUAUUAUGCGAGGAUCUCAGCCAACACUGCAGAAAGACUAGUAACUUACAAAAGGAAGCUGACAGUGAUGAUGAUGAUGAUGAUGACGAUGUAGAGGAGGAACUUUGAAGCCCUUUGAGUUCUAAGUUCUGAAGGAAGAUACAAAUUGCUGAUCUUUUGUCAGAUUUUUUUUAUUUUUUUUGAGGGAAGAUCUUGUGUCUGAUUUCUAAUGAGAUCUCAUCCAUUGGUUGCAUCAAGUGAAAAAUUUGAACUCUUGCUGUUAUAUGCGAGAGUUCCAUUACAUCCAUACAGCUAGAUAGUGGUUCAAAUAGCAUCAUCCUUUGCUUUUCCCCAACCCCCAGAAUAGGAAAGUUCGAUUCAUUGUUGUAUAACGAAAAGGUUCUACAUGAAUUCUUUCAGAAACAUCAUCAUAUAUGAAAAGGGAAACAUUCAACAUUUCAACAGUA